GAACUUUUGACAUCAAGACUGCAGCCGUCUCACGAUUGCCACGACGUUCCUUCUAUUCUCCUUUCAGUUCCUUUUCCUUUCUGCAUCAUGUUCCGGCCGGUGACUCGAUUAAUUGCGCGCUCAACCGCGGUGCGCGCCGUUCCACGCGCCUCUGCGCCCACCCGACGAUUUCUCAGCACAGCUCCUCCGACGCAGAAGUCAAGGAGUUGGAAGAGUCUGGCAGCACGGCUGGGUGCAGUGGGCGCGAUAAUAUACUACUAUAAUACGACCGAGGUGUUUGCGGAAGAGCCAAGACACACAGUGCGCUCACUACCCGAAACCGAAGAUGGAACGGAGCAAUUGCCUACGGUUGAAGAUCUCGCGAAGGAACGACAACAGCGGAAAGCGGAGAUUGCAAAAGCGCGGGAGAUAGAGGCGGCGAGCAAGCAGGAGACGGCUGCAACUACGGCUCCUGGAGGCGACGUAGAACAGCUGGAAGAGGAGGCUGACCAACAAGGCGCUUUCAACCCUGAGACUGGCGAGAUCAAUUGGGAUUGCCCAUGCCUGGGUGGGAUGGCCCAUGGGCCCUGCGGCGAGGAGUUUAAGGCGGCGUUUAGCUGCUUUGUGUACUCGACUGAGGAGCCGAAGGGCAUGGACUGCAUCGACAAGUUCAAGGACAUGCAGAACUGCUUCCGACAGUAUCCCGAAGUCUACGGCGCUGAACUUGAAACCGACGAAGACGACGACGUGACGGCAGACGACGGGCAGCCUCUACCGGAGCCGGCAGCUGUUACAGAGGAAUCGAAGCCCACUGAAGAAAAGUCGAAGUCCGCUACAGAGGAGGCGAAACCAACUCCUCAACUACAAUCCGAACCAGCGAAGGAAAAUGACGGGCGGAAGCGCGACCGCAGCCUAGUCCCCGAUUCGUACCGUCCGAGUGCGGAUUCGGCGAAAGAACGCGCCAAAGCCGCAACAGAGCAGGUCAGGGAGGAGCAUGAGCCCGUGAGCGAGAGCGACAGGAUCAUUCCGAAGGCCGCCCACGAUGAAAGGGAAGCCAGUGAGGGCAAGUGAGGCCUCUCACGUCUGAUGCUAUUUGUACAAUAGUUUCCUGUCUAGCAUCUUUAGAGCUUGGAAGGUUUGGUUCGCGUUUUGGGUCUGACGAAUCUCUGCUCGCGCGGAAAAUGUAUAGUACUUGUAGACAAUACAGUAGCGCCCGAUG